AUUCCUAACGGAUCGCCAAGACCCUCAUGAUUCGACAAAGCGCUUGGACUCUAUUAAGUUCUUAAGCUGGCUAAUGUCGAUUUGCCGAAGGUGUGCCUACCGGUAUGUUGAAGGAGGAAGAGCCAUGAUAAACUGGGCCAGAAAGACUCUACUGCUACUGCACAGGUGCUGGUUAUUGUCCAGCGAUUGGCGAGGUUCCACUCGCUUCCGGUGGCCGGGUACCCACACUAAACGGAUUGCAAAGUAGUUCGAAGCUACUGAUAAGGGUGUUAAUACAGUAGCAUUAGUACAUUGUCAUCAAAUCCAAGGUCAGUAUUGCCGCUCUACUGUCGGAGCCGCACUUCGGAGCUGCUACUACCGCUGCUAUCUUAAGGGCAGCCACCUCUGCCUGAAAGACUCUGCUAUAGUCUGGCAGCCGAAAACUGGAGUAUUUACAGCUUCCGACAAUAUACCCCUCUCUCACCUCCCUCUGAGCUUCGAUCCAUCCGUAAAAAAGCCCCUCUUCUCCAUUGACGUCUUUACUCCCACAUAGCUCUUGAAAGUAUGUGCGUAGUAAAUAAACUGCUAGGAGACGGUUACGCGGUGUAUCGGAAGAUUACAGAGUGUCCCUGUUUUGGAUCCUUCAUGUACCCAGCUUCUCUCGCAGAGGGCGCUUUAUUUUAUCUGCUUAGGGACUUUGUAAAAUAUUUAUGAAUCAAGAGAUCGCACCACAUAUAAAACAUCUCUCUCUGACUUAGAGCAAUAACCUCAAAUCAAAUAGUUUUUAACUCAUCUUAUAGAUAUCAAAGUAAAAGCGGAUGUGAUUUAAAGGAAAUAGUUAUCAACACAAAAAAGGCUCUUUCACCUACUUUUCGCUUCUUCUUUCUAUCUUCCCUCUUUACGUUUUGUUUAGCUGACUUCAGUGAUUCCGAAGUGAGUUUCACAUUACGUGCCACAAAUGUAAACAAAUGUCUGCCAUAUCCAUCCCCACAAAUUCGACAUGCAACAAAGCCGUGCAAACUCCGUUAUCAGUUGUUUUCCACCCCUUACUUAAUAGGUUGCCAAACCACACUCCCCGCCAGGACAGGCUUCCACUGCGCAGCAGCGAGUCCGAGUGUCAAGAGCACUGACACUCAGCAAAACAACAUGUGGCAAAGUGCGGUAUAACGGCAUUGUGAAGGCAGUAAUCUUCAGUCUAACAACAGUACUGUGGACAUUCAGUUUUUCUUCUAAGUUUGCUUAUUGUAUUUCAUUCUAAAGUUUGUUUUUCGCUUUUUAAUCUCGCAAUUCAACAAAUUACAAAACAGCAAUAAAACGCAUUUGUCUUUGCGAUCUAAGUAACGGCGCGAAGAAAAUAUGCAAUGCAUUCACCGAUAAACACUUUCGAAUUGAAUGAGCGGCUGAUGACCGCUGUACAGACGGGUAACUUUCAUGGCGUUCUCGAUUGUCUGAUGGAGGGUGCCCGUGCGACCAUUGUGUCCACCUCCUGUGGGCGGACAGCUGUUGGUACUGCGGCGCUGGUGGGUGAUGCUGAGAUCCUCGCGCUGCUGAUACAGUCUUGCGAAGAACCUGAUUUGGAUAUAUUUAACAGAAACCAUUCCAACUCGUUCGAAAUGGAAACGGAGUGCACCCCUGACGGCAUGGACAACCUCGAGUGGGAGGAUGAAUUCAUCGAAAACUGCGCGGAGUGUGAUGAGAGUGGUGGCGAACAUGUUGCGCAGGAUGCUGCAGACACUUCCCUCUACUAUUAUUAUGCCAAAACGUUUGAACGUACCGGUGCUAUUAUUACGCGCAUGGAUGAUCCAUAUGCCAUCUCCACUAAUUGCGGACACCAGGAGGACAUUCAUCGCGCCGAUGCAAUGUUCAUGACACCGCUGCAUUAUGCGGCAGCGUGUGGACAUGUGGAGUGUGUGCGAGUGCUGCUUUCGCAUGGCGCCACCGUAGAUGCAGUCAAUAGUGACGGUUAUACACCGUUACAUGUUGGCGUGGCCUUUGCGGAGGUAGCACACAUGCUGCUGAAACAUGGCGCCAAUCCAAAUUUAAAGACGCUAAAUACCGGCGAAACGGCGUUGCACUUGGCUAUAAGGAAUCGUGCCGUAGCAGUGGCCAAUGUUAUUUUGCAAACCAAUGCGAAUAUCAACGAAACGGAUGACAUCGAUCAGACGCCGCUGAUGUGCGCCAUAUCUGCUGAUUUGGACGGGCUUGCGGCGACACUCAUCGAUCGUGGCGCACGCAUCAACCUGCAAGAUAAGGAGGGACACACCGCACUCUUCUAUGCGGUAGUGCAGAACAAUAUGCCACUCACGGUGCGGCUGCUGCAACGCGGUGCGCGGCGCAUCACAUCCCACUACCUGCUACACCACUGCGUACGUUACAGCAUGCACGAGAUGGCUGAGACGUUAAUCAGCCAUGGCGAUAGCUUGAAUGUACGCAACAAGGAUGGCCUCACACCCAUUCUGCUCGCGAUACUCAGUCAAAAGAUCGAUAUGCUGGAGUUUUUGUUGCGCGUGGCCACGGUGCAGCAAGCACAGGGUGUCACCAUAGUUGACACCGUGGAAAAUGAGUUGCUCAUCGCCGUGCAAUAUAUAGACACCGUGCAGGAUUUUAAACCCAUCGCACGUAUUUUGUUCGCUCACAGUGAGGGUCGUUGGAUGUGUGCAUCAUUUUCUACGUUGACUUGGUCGUGUUACAUCCCGUACUGUCAGACACCACUGGCGCGCGCUGUUAUGCUCAACAAGUUCGAUAUCGCUGAAUUUCUGGUUAAAGAGGGCGUGGACAUCACACAGGUGUGUAGCGAUCAUGGGAUUAAUCAUUUGCGGGCCACAAACGCGUCGGGUUCGUUGGAGUUCGCCAAGUUUCUGGUACAUACUGGCUACAAAUUCCCGUUCCUGCGUCCUGAAGUUCCCAAUAAAUGGACCGCCGAGCGACGAGAUUUUGAAGUGGAAAUGUGUCGGUUGUGUAGCACACCCUUAUCCUUGCAGUCACUAUCUCGGAUUGUGAUAAGGAAUCAACUUAUAGGCCUGCUAAGUGGAUCGGCGGUGAUGAGACAACGAUACGCAACAACGAAGCGUGAGUCGAGUUUGAGUCGUAUGAUAAGCCUUUUGGGUGUACCGCGCAUACUACAAAAGUAUUUAUACGAGUUCGAUGACUGCGCGUCUGUGAUGAAAAAUACCUGUAAUGUGGAUGGCGGGGGUUAGCGCGAUAAGUAAGGCUGUUAUAUAGGUAUAAGUAGUAGUUUGUAAAGUUUAUUUAAGGUAAAGAAACGUUUUGAGUGUGACAUUGAGUUGACGUUGAGUAAAUUGUUUUGCUCAGCUCGUGUGUAGUAACCAACAUUAACAUUUCGGAGAACUAUUAAGAUUUCAUUGAAUCAUAGCAUCAGUUCAGCACGACUUGUACGACCGUUUUUCCAAGUUAAUUCCGAAAUACUACAUAAUUUAUAUAAAUAUGUAGUAAAUUUUUCAAAUCUUCUCUUUUGUCAAAAGUGUAGUUUAUAUGUCCACCAUGGACUAUGUAUUAUUCAAACAAGUCACUUCAAAAGCUUCAUUAAUUAUUGGAGUUGUAGAGCCGAGUUUAGAGUAAAGUUACAUUUCGUGCUAUUUCGUUAAUUCAGACUCUGUAUUUAUAGCUUACUCAAUUGAAGCCUCAGCAGCUAAUCUUUUACACAAAAGGUUUAAAGAGUCAACAAAGUAUACAUACAUACAUACAUAUAUAUGUAAAUAGUUUUAAAAAGGCAUAACUACAUUAGUAUAGCGUUAGGUACGGCACAUUUCAAGUGUUCCUUAGGUAAAUCCCUUUAUGGUUAUAGAGGUACCCCAAUUGAAGAUUGCAUUUGAAACUAAAUGUUAACAAACACAGUUACACACUAUAAAGUUGGUGAGCUACAAUUAGACGCUAACACCAAUACACAUAUACUAAAUUGUCUAUAUAAUUUGGUAAACAAACUUGCGGAUCGAAUAAGAAUAACAAACAUAUAAAUUAUUUUGAAAAUUUUAUAUAUAGAUAUCAAAUUUUAUUGGUUUUUGAAAUGCAAUUAUGUAUUUUAAAACUGAUUUUUAAACUUUCUCACAUCGUUUAUAAAGCGUUUUAAGAAAAGUAAUUAUAAAAUACAACAGUUUGAAUAAAACACAAUAUACAUAUGUAGUUUGUAUGUUAUAUAUAUGUAUAUGCAUAUAAAUAGUUACAAAGUAUAUGAUGAUAAAAGCUCAAUAUGUGCAACAAACACAUAAUUCCAACCUCAUCAAAUUAAUAAGAUCGUAGCGUGUAGUUAAAAGUAUAUUAUAUAGUUUAAAUAACAAACAAAAAAAUGGUAAUCAACAGGCGACAUUUGUUAUGCCAAAGUUCCACUUAAGCAAUCGAGUCAAUAAAACAUUUCACUACUUUGAAAUUCAAAUAUCUAAAAUGCCAAAUUUUUAUUACAACAAAUGUAUUUUUGUUUCCGAAAUAAAAUGCUGUUUUUUUUAUUUUGUAAACUAAUUAAAUAAGAUAUUUCAUUUUAAAUAUACACAUAUGUAUAUAUAUAAACCAUAUUGAUCCACAUGUUUGCGCAUAGACA